GUUACCAGGGAACGUCAUCACGUAGCUACUAGCUGCGUCCUCUGUUUAUGUGUCUUCGUGCCCUGUUGACUUUGUGUUUUCAGAAGCAAAAGGUGUUUGUUUUCUUAAAACCCAGGCCGUCUGCUUUCUCUACAGCUCAGACCUGAACACAUGCGAGUCUCCAUUGAAGAGGAAAAAACCCUGUUACGGUUCUGUCCAUGAGAGAGGGCUGUUAUGUUGAACCCUGAUGAGCUAGAAGGUGAGGUGGAUCACAGCUUUUUUGACAGUGAUUGCCACGACGACAGCAAUGUUGGACAGAAAACAAUAGAGGAGGACUUGAAGGGGGAAAAGCAGAACCCAGGCACACAUAACUGGGAACCUGCAAAACCUCCUGAACAUCUUGCUGUUGAACUUUCCCCGGGGAAUGAAAGAACAGGGACGCACUUGAGACAAGUGGAAAUAAACAAGACGGGCCAGAAAUCUGAUGUAUCAUCUUACCCAAAUGAAGCCAAACAUGAAGGCUCAAAUCCUCACUCUAAAAGACCCAGCGGGGCUUUUCUGGCUUUGCUGGCAAACAUGCCAAACGCAGAGGAAAACCAGAGCGUAACAGAAACAGGCAAAGGUGCCUUAGCAUUCACUGCCGAGUCAAGAAAGAAGAAUCCAAAGUUUCUUAGAAAGAAAUCCAAAAAUGUAGCUUCUGUUUCAAAGGAGGCCAACAUAGACUCUGAGAGUUGUUGCAGCACUCAGAGUGGUAAUUCACACUCCAAACCUAUCAAGUCUGUACGGCGUAAAGCUAGAGGCCCAGCUGAAUCCCAGGAUUUGCCCAACUGGAGUACAGAUGAGUCAAGCUUGGUGUCAGAGGUGACCCCCCCCUUCUCUCCUGAACCUGGUUCACAAGAGGCAGACCUGAAUACAGAUGGGUAUGAAUGCUCAUUUAGGUUGGAAAGUCAACUUGAGAAGAAGCUGGUGCUCCAAAGUCCAAUAAGAAGGCCCGGGAAGAACUACACCUUUUCCAGAACCGAGGUCCAACGCAUAGAUCUUGAGAACCAACGACUUCUUCAGAGGAUUUCAAAUGCUUAUUCAGGGAUCAGAUUGGAAAAAAAGGCAAGGAAGAAAAUUAAUGAGCCCAAUAUAUCACCAGUGGUUUACCUUCCACACAGCGCGCUAAACCGGCAGCGUAAACAGCGCCGCAUCGACGAGGAGAACCUGGCUCUUCUUAAGAAGCUAGAGUCCACCAAACCCUCACCUUGGCUUAGCCGAACCAAACUUCUGGCAGACCACCAGCGCCUGAAGGGAUAUGUGGGUGCUUCGUCAUAUCCUGCCUCUAGGAUCUCUUGCAGUAGGACCAGAAAUACAUCCUCUGCAUUAAGGAGUUCCACGGCACUCAGCUCCAGGGCUGCUCACCCUAAUUCCAGUUCAACAUCUGCUCCCAGCUCAAGCAAACUGAGCUCAAGUCGUCCUGCCUGGUGUUAAAAACUCAUCUAAUAAAGAGCAUCUUGGUUCUUUCAAAGCACAUUACCUGCCAUUUGAUGUUGAUUAAUUUAUAUGCUGCAAAGCUUAGGACAUUUUAGCUUUUAUAUUGUUUAAUAAAGCUGCUCUAUUGUUUGCUUUCUUUUUUUGUUCAGUUAUGCUGCAGUUUAUGCUUUGAUAUCAAAGCCAUUUAAAUUAUUACCUUAGUUUAACCUUUAAAUACAAUCACUUUUGCAGCAGAUAUUUUGGCUUCAACAUGUAAGUUGUCACUUCACUUUAAUGUUGCUGCUGUUUAAUAUCUGAACGGAAAAAGGAGUGGAUGUUGUUUACAGAUGUGAUGUUUUUUUGUUUGUUUUUUUAUUCUACCAAAUGAUUGUUUGAAAGCCAAUAAAUAUGUCACACAUUUUUCUUUUUUCAGGCUGUAGUAAAAAGAUGACAUAAAGCUAUAAGAUGUAUGGAGCAUCACAUAGCUGUUAUGUUGUUUUUGGGAUACAGCAUCAUCUGAAGGUUUUAAUUCUGAUAGAACAUGAAAAUUAGAAAUA